AUGGCAGAGCUGGGCUCUUUAGGCGUCCUCAUUAGCCACGUCGUGUACUGGGGAUGGACAAGGUCUUUCAAUCGACAUAUCCACCUCUCCUUCAUCUCCAUUGUUCUGGGUAUACACAUUGCGCUCUCUGGGCUGAUUGCCGCACGGCACCAUGGGACUAAAGAGUCUCGCGCACCAUCGACAUCCCUUCAAACUAUCUACAAGUCCACUAUCCCCUUGACCGUGGUUGCCUCCACCCGACUGGCCAUCGUCAUCUAUGUAGAGUCUCUCUUUCCAGCUACCGAUGUCGAGGUGUGGUCCAGAGCUGUGGUCACAGACGCAGUCGUCUCGUCUCUUCAUUACUGUUGCUCGGCCUUGACUGCUCAGAUUGCAAUCUUCGGAGUUUCUAUGAGGAGGGGAGUGUUUCGGACCGCCACGAGGGGUGCUUGA